AUGAAGUUUAUAUUAAAGUUGUUGCUGUUAGCAGUUUUUGUUGAAUUUGCUGACGGUCUACAAGAGCUCACAUGUGAUUUUUCUUCAGGAGAGGGAUCUUUGUCAAAUAAAUAUAUAUCAAUCUGUGUGAGAAAAUUUGGAUUACUAAACAAAAUUGAUAUAAUAUGCCCGAAGAAUCCAAAAGGAAUAGUACAACCGGUAAAUGUGAAGGAAGAUGUCGAAGAAUGCGAAGAUGAUGAAGCAUUUUUUGAGUAUAUGGAUAUUAUUCAAAAACUAAAAAAUAUGGAUUUAAAUGAAAAAAUGAAGGAAAAUAAUGAAGAAGGAGAAUAUACAAUAAUACCAGAGGGAGUGGAAGAGAUGUACGUGUUGUUAAAGGAUGAAUUGUCGAAUUCAACGAAACUUGAUAGCUAUGGAGUGUGGGAUAUUUUUGGAACCAAGACGGAAAAUGUUGUUAGUAGAACAGCAAACGCAGAGAAAGAGAUUGUAACACUUAAACCGCCAAGCGACGGUAUCGUAACAGUCAAAACUUAUAAAAUACUGAUGUAUAUAUGUAUAAAUAAAAAACACCUCAGUAAAAUAAAUAAUAAUUUUCUUAAAUUGUUGAGAAAGAUAUUAUAUAGACCGUCAAGUGAAGAAUAUCAGAAUUUAUACUUGCCACUAUUAGGAGGAAUAGAUGAAGAUGUGAGAGCCGGAAUAGCAUUUAUCAUACCUAAAGACAUGCCAAAAGUUGUAAACGGAUGUGGAAACGUCCCAAACAGAUUUUUCAAAAACUACCAGGAUUAUAAUAGAUCAAGAGGAUUCACGGAAUGCAAAAUUGAUCUGAUGGUCAGCCCUUUCAUAGGUUUUUAUUGUGAAGGGAUCGUUAAACCAAUAGAAUGUUUAUAUUCGUUCAAAACUAUUGAAACUUUCUCAUUAAUUACACUAGAACAUCAUAUGAUUCAUAACUGGGGAAUUUUAGAAGGUAGACUCAACCAUGUAAAUUAUAAAACUGAACAAAUAUAUUCCAGUUUUAGAGGAUAUUGCGAUUGCUUAGAUCGUCGAGGGAGAAUAACAGCCAGAAUAAUUGUUGAAAGAAAAACGGAACACACGUUCAAUCUUCCGCAAAUGAUAAUGAAAAACAGAGUGAGACCAAUAAGAGGUGAUUGGUUUGAAGUGACAAUACACCCAGGAGAUAAACUGAAAAUCAUAUUACCUCCCAACCGAGAUAAUAUCGAGUGCAUGAACUAUAUAAUAAAUAGAGACAUCCCUAAAACUAUUUUUGGAGAAAGUGAAACUUCAGAAAACAAAGACGGUGAACCAAUUGUCGUAGCAGAAGAAGAUGAAAGUGAAAAGGAAUGUGAUAUAUCGUCAGAAGAGAGUGAAAGUCAUAUGGAGGAAGAUGAAUAUGAGGAGAUUAGUUCAGUGGAGGAAGAAGAAGAAGAAUGGGCGAUUGGUUUUGAAGAUGAUGAAGGGUCUGAGUCGGAUAAUCCGUACUGCGACAUGCUAUUUGCAAACAGUGAGAUAAUUAAAACCCUAUCAAGCCCCAGUUAUCAAAAAACUCAUACGCGUAAAUACCCCUUUUUCACACUAUUGUCCCCGAUUGAUAUUAAAACACACGUUAACGCGUACAACUGCACUUCAGAAAUCGUGACCCAGAUGCCAAUUUCAGAACUAUUUGGAGGAAACUCUUUAGUAAUCGACACAAGUGAAGUCGACAAGGGAAUUUUGAAGAUAGAGAGGAAGAAUAAACCAUUGGCAAUGAAAAAGGGUAUAGAUGAUAUUUACUACUAUUGGAUCCUUAAAUACGGAUGGUCAAAAAAACCGGAAAUCGUGGCUAAAAUUAAUGUCAUCCUAGCACAAACCCACGAUUACUGCGCAGGUUGUGAAACUGUAAAUACGGGGAUUUUUUAUAACAUAAAAGAUGCAGAAUUUUGCAAAUAUCACUUUAACCUGUGCCAGAAACAGGGAAUUAAGCACAAUACAUUUGACAUCACAAGCCAUUUACAGUACGGAAUAUCAUGCUCAGAAGAUGAAAGAUUGUAUCCACCAGGUUACGGUAGCAUUGUGGUAGAUCAAAGAUUAAACAUGGUUGUAAACGCAAACGAAGAGAUUAAGACCUUGGAAUAUCCAAGUAUUAAAAAUUUCAAGAUUUUCGGGAAAAAAACUUGGCAAAUUAUUAAUAUUAUGACAUUUUAUGUGAGCUGUUUAGACCCCCUGGGAAUAGAAAAAAGCAGACUAACACUAUAUUACGCAAGCUAUGAGUCUCAUACCAACCAAGGUUGCUUUAAUUACGGAGAAUAUAUUCUGCUGAUACCGAAGGUUAGUAUGUUCCUACCACCCUUCGAUCACACAAAGUACGCAAGGAGAGGAAAUAACACUAACUCUUUGCCAGAAACUGAAUGUAUACCAAUUCCAAAGAACACAUUAAUGUAUCACUUAGAACUGAGACAAGGAACUAAGUUUAAACUGUCGGUUAUCAAGCCAAAACCUUUAUACCUUUGUGAAGAAGUGGAAAUUGAUCAUUUAAGGACCCCAGUUAUAUCAAAUCCGAAUUUAACUAUAAAAGGAGUGAGAAAAGGACAUAGUUUUAUUCCAUCUGACGUAUAUACCGACGCUUCAUACUCGAGUAACAGGAUUUUCCCAGUAAAUUUGACCAAAUAUACCUACCGAAUUUUUGCGGGUACUGACUUAGACUACCUGGUACCAACGGAGUAUUCGUCAAUGAUAGCAACGAAUGUGGCAGGGCUUAAACUAAAGGUUCUCAACUACAACAACGAGUUUCGUUAUCCCUUCUUUGAAAAUCUUGUCUUGUAUCUUCCAAUUGGUAGCAUUAUCAUUAUCAAGAGCGAUAUUUUGACUUCUGUAGACCUUAUAUAUGCAUCGGGCUCCAUUUCAGAGCCUGAAAAACCAAAAUCAGAGAGAUCUAAAGAUUCACUAGGAGGAGAAAGUACUCAACAAGCUACAACUAGUACUGGGUAUGAUAAAAAUGAGAAUGAAGGGAAAGAACCACCCAGUAUUGACAUGAGGAAAAUGGAAAUUUGGGGUAUACAUUCUAUUAGAGUAAGAGGAACAAACCCAUGGGUACAUGGAUGCGGAGUGAAUGGACCGUCUGAAGACUUUUUUAAGGAUACUGAAAAGAUAAUCGAGAAUGGUUCAGAAACUGGUUGCAGAGUUGACAUUAGGGAGAAAGAAUAUGCGGGAUUCUACUGCCCAGAACCAUACAGAGUUGACCCUCCGGGAUGUUUUAAAUAUGCGUACACUGGUGAAUACUCAAGAGCAGUGAUGAUGAAGGAUGAAAUUCUGGAUGAUUUGUGGCAGGAAACCAACGGGUUCAGAUAUCUUAAACUAAAGAGGAACUUAAGGUCUCAGGUACUAAUGACAUUUUUAAAGCGUAGACCAUAUGUGUGUUUUUGUAGAACGGUGAAGGGAAUUAUGAUGUCGAAAAUUGAAGUUAUUAUAUGA